AUGAGUGUUGAACCUUCCACGAACAAGCGUCCUUUAGAAAAGGAUGACUCUGGCGCUCCUAGUGCUGUCACUGCUGCAUCAUCUACAUCUACAUCUACUACAACUACUGCUGCUGCCGUCAAAGCAGAACCAAAGGUAGAAGCCAAGAAGGAAAUAAUAACCGCCGUAGAGGGCAAGAGCGAAACGGUAGAACAGCCUUCCAAGAAGGCCAAACUGUCGGAAGAAGCAGCUGAAAAGCCCGCUGUUGAAGGUAAGGAAACCCCUACCGGUAAGGAAGAUGAGGCUCCGAAAGAAACUCCCAAAGAGGUAAAGAAAGAGCCUGAAACCAAAGGGCCUUCGGAAGUCAAAGAAGCCGAAGGCAAGGAAGGAAGUGCUCCUGCUAUUGCCGUUGCCACCUCCUCUGACCCUGCUUCAGCUGAAGAUGGACAAAUCCGUCCUGAAGAAUCCGAAAAGGAUGCCGAAGGUCGCAUCCGCAAGCCUUCCAAUCCGGAUAUUCUCUUGGGCCGCGGAAAGCCCUUUCAGAAUCAUCCCGGCAAUCAACGCAUGCUCCGAAUUGUCGAUGAACACAAGGAACGUUAUUUGAGCGAAAAGCGGGACAAGAAAAGAGCCAUCGUGGAAGAAGUCCUCGACAUUAUUCAAAGGCACGGGGCUCGCUUUUUGAAGCGGAUCGAUCAUGGAGAAUACUGGAGAGAAGUCGAGUCUUCUGUUAGCUUUGAAAAGGUCAGCCAUGCCUUGCGCUCCAAAGUCAGACGCCCCGAAGGCUUUGAAGUCAACCAACACCCAAAUGUCUCGGCUGGCCAAAAAGGUCCCUUGCCCAUUCUGCCGGAUGGUUCCCGACCAGGAGAUGCCAAUCAAAUGGCUUCACUUUAUAACCAACAGUUUCUCCAGCAACGUGCUGGCAUGUUUCCCGAUGCUGCUGCCAUGGGACUCAUGGCCAAUGGUUUGAUGCCACCCUUUGGUCUCAUGCCCAACAUGUUCAAUCCCAACUUGAUGCAGCGAUUGAAUCCACAAGCAGCGGGUCAAAAUGGUGGCGGCGGAAACGGUGGUGGACCAUCCGCCCAUCACAAUCAACAUCAUCAUAAUCAUCAAGGCGGACAACAAGGAGGUGGCGAUCUGGAGCAAUUGGUGAGAAGCCAAAUGGUCGAUUCCUUAUUGAGACAACGUCAACAGUUGGACGAAGCCUUGAACGAUGUUGCAGGAGGGAUGCGUCUACCAUCCAAUUACAAGUAA